CAGAGACAGAGCAAACAGAAAAGUUAAAAUUUUCACAUUUUAUUCUGUGUGCGAACUUUUGUUUAAUUUUCCGAUCCAAUAUUAUAUUAAAAGCCUCUUGUUUGUAUACUAUUUGUUAAAUUUGUUUGUUAUCCGUCUGUUACGCGUGUUACUUUUCCGGUUGUGCUGGACUAAACGUGGGAGAAGUGAAAUUUUCUGUCGGCGACUUUCUUCCUGCGUCGUCCAGUGGUUCCGAACACAGAAAGGAGAGAAAAAAGAACAGGCUUAUCAUAUUUGCCAUUCGCGGAAUACAAAAUGAGUUUCUUGUUCCGAUCCAGCAAAACCUUCAAACCUAAAAAGAAUAUACCUGAAGGCACACAUCAAUAUGAUCUCAUGAAACAUGCCGCAGCUACGCUUGGGUCUGGAAAUCUCCGUAAUGCUGUGCAGCUUCCAGAUGGCGAAGAUCUCAACGAGUGGGUUGCUGUAAACACUGUGGAUUUUUUUAAUCAAAUUAACAUGCUGUACGGCACUAUUACGGAAUUUUGUACAGAAGAUUCCUGCAGCAUCAUGUCUGCCGGUCCCAAGUACGAAUAUCACUGGGCAGACGGUCAAACGGUUAAGAAACCCAUCAAGUGUAGCGCUCCUAAGUAUAUUGACUAUUUAAUGACAUGGGUACAAGAUCAACUGGAUGACGAAACGCUGUUUCCUUCAAAAAUUGGAGUUCCUUUCCCGAAAAACUUUAUUCAAAUAGCUAAAACUAUUCUUAAGCGAUUGUUUCGAGUGUAUGCCCACAUCUACCAUCAACAUUUCUCCGAAGUCGUUCGGCUAAGUGAAGAAGCACAUCUGAAUACCUCGUUCAAGCACUUUAUCUACUUUGUUCAAGAAUUCAAUUUAAUAGAUCGACGAGAGUUGGCACCGCUGCAAGAUCUGAUUGAUAAACUUAUCACCAAGGAUGGUCGAUAAUUUCCCAGCUUAUAAAACGAAAGCGAGCGAACAACAUGAGCAUCUACACCGUAUUUUAAUAGAGAUAACAAGUAAACAUUUACUCUAAUAUCAUGAUUUUUAUAAUCAUCAACUCAUUUUCUCCUAAUAGACAUCUAUUCUUCCUAUGUUGUGAGCGUUUGUUCGUGUAGCAUUCUAACACGUCGUCCACUAUUUCACAAUUUUAUUUUAGUUAUUUAAUGUGUUAUUUUUAAAUUACGCAACCUGUAGAAUAAAUGUUAUUUUUGUGAAUACAAUCAAGCUAGAGAGAAGAAAAAGCUCAUCCACAAUUUAUAUGUAAAUAUUUAUUUUGGAAGUGAAAAUAAGCAAAUUAUUCGAUCUUACUUUAAAAGUAAAGCUUAUUACGUACAGCAUGGUAUCGGUCCUACUCAUUUCGUCAUGCUUAUUUCGAUUACGCAACAAUCUCCACUAAAAGCAAUUAUUACGCUCGAAACGCCCAAAAACCAAGUGGACGAAAGAUGUAACCAUCGUGUUCCUAUUUUGACCCUUGCAAGCAGUAUUUUUUCACCUCAUAACUAAAACUCAGGAUCUAGCUAAUUUCUAUAUGAGUGAUGAACAUUUCUAAAACAGAAAUCUCGUUGGCAGCGUGAUCAGCAAGAAAACAACUGCAGUCAAGAGUUUUAAUUAUGAGUAAAAAAAUGCGCAUUAGGAACAGUAACCCUAUCCCUAGUGUGCAAAUAAGUUAAACUAGUGCUUGAAUGGUUUCAUCAGCAAUUAGUGUUUAAGUUCAAGCUGCCUCCGAUAGUUUGCGAUACCAGUUAUUCUAAAUGCUCUUUAUAUGGCUGAAAUGAUCACCACAGAGGCAUUAUUAAAACUAAUAAGAGCUGCAUAAUAUCUAUAUACAAUAAUAAUGGGUAACGAUCAAAUUGCAUGAUUUGAUGUACGACGACUGAUAAAGUAUGAAUGAAAAUAUAAAUUUGUAUGAAAUAA